AUGACUGGGAAUGGUAUGUUCGUGCACUUUCCCGAGUAUCCAUGCCAUAAUUAUCUUGAGCUUCAGCGCUCAAAGAUUCAAAUUGGCGACCGCCGUAACUUAUCUUGGGAAACUACAUACAGUGCAGCGAUGAGACCUCAAACUGCAGACACUUCUCAACAGAAGAUCGACACUGUCAUGCUACAGAAGACGCACUGGACGAAUGGUAACAUUCCUACGACAAAAGAUUCUGAAUAUGUCGAUAAAUACCGUCAAUUUAACACAUCUUGUAAACGAGACCCAGCAUAUACGCGAGAUGAAAUGAUGAAAACAACAUUCUCACUAGGAAACAAUAACGAACCUUUCCCCGAAAGAGUUGUACAGCGUGAAUAUCACGAAGGAAUUCCAAAACGAGAAAACUAUCGCGAACAGUUUACCGCAACUCACUUCGAUUUAUCAACAACCAGCGCUCCAAAGUGGGAAACAACCAAUAGAGCCUCAUACAGACCAAAUUCUGCUGCCCCUGCCGCACCAAUCAACCAUGAACUCAAUAGAGGACUUGGCACUAAAUCUAAUUUCGAGCAGCUUGGAGCAUUUGGUACUCCAAACUCUUUGAACAAGGAUACGUACAAGGAUUGGUCGGGUCAUAGAGUUCAAACAGCUUCUUCUACCGCUGUUUAUGUCGAUAGAGGAAAUAUCGUCUUUGACCAGGGCAUGACCCAAGCAAAUCAACGCACAAGUGUGAAACUUGGCGAACUGCCUACUUCUUAUACAACAACAACGCAAGAUGGAUUCGUUAAAUCUCGAGAUAUCCAAACAGCCGUCGAUCCACAGCUUGCAAGAAUACGCCGUGCCCAGCUCACAAGAUCAAAUGUUGGUCAAGGAACUCCAAAUCUCCCAAUGGCCAGCAAAUCCGUUACUCAAGAAUCAAUUGUUCCUCAUCCAGAGUACAAACCACCUCCACCAGCUGAGAGAACUGCUUUCGUAUCUCAUUGUGACUUCCGCAACUACGAUGGAAAGAUGUCUACAACUAUGAGAGAUGAUUAUCCAGCUAAGAAAGCCGAGCCAGCCAGACCAGCUAAUAUGGGUCUUCAGCAGAGCCAUUGCAACAUUGGCUACACAGGAAUUAAUGAAAAUCGUUCACUUUACAGCGAUACUUUCAAGAAUCCUGGCAGAACAAUGGACAGAGUCGAUGCAAAUGCAAUGCGCGCCUUCCAUACAGCUCACCACUCCAAGACAGAUACAGGAACCGCCGCAAAUACAGGAAAGACAACAUAUCAAGUUACAUAUCUUCCACAACCAGACUUCAGACCACCUCCGUCAUGCGACGCGUUGAAGGGAGGACACAAUGUUGUUCCUCAGGAAGACCGUUUCGUUGUCAAGGAGUCAAACAUGAAAGAAUCUUUCAAACCACCGUCAAGAUGCGACCAAGCAACAAGACAAGACAAUGCUCUUCAGAAGUCACAUCUCCAGCUCAAGUCUACAGUUCCAAACUGGACUACAACACAACAGGACUAUUUCCUUUGGUACACUUACGAUACAAGUCCAAAGAAUCCUUGUCCGAAAGCACAACAAGCAGCAUUCACAGCAGCUCUUGCCAAGUAA